CACAGAAUGCUCAGGAAACAAUGCAUUCCAUGGUGGAAAUUGGGAUUAGAAAAUCCUCUUUGCCUCCUGACCCUUGAAAAUGGACCAUGAACAGAAUGAAGAUGACACUAUCCUGGAUCUGGAAUCGGAGCCUGAAAGUCCACUAGCACCCCCUGCAGAUCUUCUGGAACAACUGGACGGAUAUGAAUGGACUCUGCGAGAUGGGGGAGGAAAAAACCUGCCACCACCUGCAGACUUACUGAGAAAGCUCAGUGAAGAGAGAAACAGGCCCAUAUUUCUAGAACACAGGAUUCCCACAAUGACAGAAGACAUGGCCAGGAAUGCCUUCCUCAGCUUUGUCAAUUCCAAAUGCUGCUAUGGCAAUAAAGCUGCUGGAGAACUGGUCAUUCAGAAUUUGAGACAGAUGACUCUAUACAGAUAUCGACUGGAGACCUAUCAUGAAUCAAGGCUAAGUGAAUGGACUUUUCAACCUUUUACUAAUAAUUUGGUAGAUGGACCACAAAAUGGCGCUUCUCCUCGGCCAUGGGAUAUUAAGGUCCAGGCGCCGCCAAUGUUUCAGGAUGAUACAAAGAAGUUCCGAGUACCUCACUCUUCAUUAGUCAAGGCAUGCCACAAAUGCCAGGGUCGUGGCCGACACAAAUGCAGCGCUUGCCAUGGUGCAGGCAGGAUGAGAUGUGUUACGUGCAGUGGGGCCAGACACAGGAAAAAGCAGCAGAAGCGGUGCAAGAUGCGUUCAGGUACUGGACGUAAAAGGUGCAGCACCUGUUCUGGGCGGGGCAACAAAACCUGUAUGACAUGCCAGGGAGAGAAAAAGCUCUUACAUUUCAUACAGCUGAUAAUAACCUGGAAGAACAAAGUGUUUGAAUUUGUUUCUGAGCACCAGCUGAACUUUCCAGAAGAGCUGCUCAGUAAAGUCAACGGAGAGAAUGUAUUUAAAGAUGAAAAUGUUCUGGUGUAUCCCAUCAUUGACUUCCCUAAACCAGAGAUUUCCCUAGCUUCACAGAGAGCCAUCACAGAGCAUAAUGCAGCAUUUGCCACAUCAUCACGCAUUCUACAGCAGCGACAGACUAUUGAGCUGAUCCCCAUCACAGAAGUUCAUUAUCUGUAUGCAGGGAAGACGUACCUGUACUAUGUCUAUGGACUAGAAAACAAGGUGUAUGCACUGGACUACCCAGAGAGGUACUGCUGUGGCUGCACCAUCAUAUGAUGGCAGUAGAAUGCUUCCAGAGUUCUUCAGUGUGAAACAGACAAUGGCCGCACUUAUAAUGGCAAUAUUAACGUUCCGUGGAUGCACCCCCAGCAGGGUCAGACCAGAGAGAGAAACAGCAUGGCAGGACUUGGGUAUUUUCAUCACUGUGUCAUCUGGUCCCACUCAGGGUACAGUUGGAAGACAUGAUGGUAAUAACUCCUGAGUCCUGUUUACUCUGCAGCUUUAUCUAGUGCUACUACCCAUGGAACUGCAUGGACCUAAAAUGUCCAGUCUAGAUGAAGUCAAGGAAAGAAGAAAAUAAACCUCACCAGGAGAGAGAAUAAGGAACACA